GAAGGUAACAUCUGUCAAUUGUCAAACGUUAUGGUGUUUAGUGUUUACUGUUUACCAUUGUUUAAGUUGCAGUGUUUUGCUAUUUACUAUUUAGAAAUAGAAUUUCUAUAAAUCUUAGGCAAAUAUUAUACGAUCAUGGCCUUUGUAUAUCAAGGAGAUGCUGAUUUAGAAGCAAAAUCCAAGAAAGCUGCUGAGCGGAUUUCUGAGAAUAUGCACAUCGUCGCUAAUGAACCUUCGUUAGCUUUAUAUCGAUUACAAGAACAUGUUAGAAAAGCUUUGCCACCAAUGGUGGAACGACGUGUGGACGUCACAAAGCUGCAGCAUGACCUACAAGGACGAUGCUAUGAUGUCGAGUAUGCUCUGAGUGCUGUGAAAUCAAUGGAUGCAGCAGCUACAAGCUUUCAAAACAUCCAGGAAAUGAUAAAACAAGCAAUAUUUUUAAAACAACAGCUUAAAUAUGAGGAGGCUAGAAGAAAUAAAAAAGAUACAAAUUCUGUGUACAAACGUCUCUCUGCUCACAUUGUUCUCGAUUUGCCAGAUCUUUCUGAUUUCUCUAUGGUCCGUGAAACCACUAAUAGAAUAGAAAAUAUUAUGGCUCAUGCAAGAGGAUCUAAUAACGAGUUGCAUAGAUCCCAUACAACUUUGCAUUAAGUUUUUAAGGCUUAAAAUGAAAUCAAGUAAUAUGGUGAGCCAUAGCUGUAUUAAUCAAAGAUUAGACAUUCAAGUGUUAUAUUCUAAACGCGCCGUCUAUUUAAAAAUUUUACAUUCCAAUUGCCUAAAUGAAAUUUUUCUAUUACGGCUUAAUAUCAGAAAGUGUUAAAUGUUAGCUUAAAAGUGUUUCUAGUCCUGGUUUCUCUGAAUAGUUAUAAUUAUAGGAGUGACUUUCACUGUGUGGCUUUGCAGCGACUGCUUAAUCAUACAGAUUGUUUAUCAAGACUAAUUUUUACAUUAAAUCUAGUCAUUACAAAUUAGUAACAAUUAGUCUUGAUUAUAAAUAAUAAAAGCACUUUACAUAUUAGCUUUAAUAACAUAAAUUGCUUAUAAUCACGCUUAUUUCAAUUAAAAAUAAAACAAACUA